AUGACAGAUUUAGGGCAGAUGAGUUUCUUUCUGGGUAUGGAAGUUCGACAAGGAGAAACUGGAUUUUUUGUCUCACAAGAAAAAUUUGCAAAAGAUAUCCUGAAGAGAUUUAAAAUGGAAGGCUGCAAUCCAAUCUCGACUCCAAUGGAACUCGGAGCCAAGUUUUCAAAAUUUGACGGGGAAGAAUGUGUCGAAGCAAACAAAUUUCGAAGCUUGGUUGGAAGUCUUCGAUAUCUCACAUGCAUAAGACCAGAUCUUUUGUUGAGUGCUGGAAUUAUAAGUCGAUUUAUGGAAGAACCAGUAUACUCGCAGUGGAAGGCUUUGAAAAGAAUUAUUCGUUAUGUCCAAGGAACUGUGUCACUUGGAAUGUUUUACUCAAGAGCAGAAGAUUGCAAGCUGACUGGCUAG